UUUGCGCAUACGUUUUCUUGCGAAUGAAUUCAAGAAUCAAGCCCCUGAAGUAAAGCAAUUCACUCCCCGAGUUUUGUAUCUCUGAUGUAUGAUUGCGCGACGACUAGUAAAAUUUCAUUAUUAGCACGAUCGACAUCCUACCGAACGGAUUACGUACACUCCUCGAACGAGUAUACACGCACACGAAAACUUUGCGAAAGUGGCGUGACGUCACACGUAACUUCGUGGAAACGCAAACCGAGGAAAGCGGUGAGAAAACCGUUUGAAUGAAAAUUUCGCGCCGAAAUACAACGAACGGAGACAAAUUCGUUUCGAGAAUUUCGUAUGCUCGACUAGUAGCACUUUACUUAAUUGGCACUCGCGAUAUUCUAUCGAACGUAUCCCCUUUGAGCAAAUACUUUACUCGAAUUCGCACGCGAACACUUUAUUCGAAACCAAAAACAAACGUAUGAUAUAUGCCGCACUUUACACAUGCAUACGACCUCUGUUACGUACGAUCUCACAUGGCUCGCGAUCGUAGCACGACGGCACUCUCAACUUAGAAUGAGAAAAAAUAUACUUGUCUUACUUUAACUUAUUGCACCGGUGCAACAGUGCAGCUAGAAAGAACAGACCACAAUAUACAUUUUAAAAGCGGUAAAUGACGGGUAAGGUUGUGUUAGAUUGAGUGAGAUUUGAAAUCAUUUUAAAGGCUUUCUGUUUAAUGUUGUUAUUCACGUAAGUGACGAGGUAAGGAAAACGUAAUCCUCGACGAUACUCGCGAAAGAAAUUGUGACGAGCGACGUUGCGAGGAGACUCGAGCAGCGUCGCCCGGUCGCCGUCGUAGGAGGGAAUCUGUGGGAGAGUUUUUGAAGGUUAACUUACGCUCACCGGCUUGAAGGUUAACCGGCUUCGUCAAACAAUUUGAUCGGAUUGUCUGGGAUUGUCUUUCGACAGAACAGAUAACGAACCAAAAAAAGAAGAAAAAAAUAGCAGAGCAGAGAUAAGAUCACGAUGAUUGAGACGGACAAGAAGGGGUGCAGAGAGCUGCUCGUGCAGCGGAUGAUCCUGGCUGUUGUUACGAGUGUGAUGUUGCAAUUGUCUCUCGUCUACUGUCUUGUUCUACUUGCGAACCUGAGCAUUGAUUAUACACGUUGGUUCGAGGACACAUGGACUGCUGUGAUGUCACCACGGAUGUGGGCCUACUUUACCGUCCUCGCCAUAGUGACCUUCUUGCAGGGUUUUCUCUGUAGCAAGAACUAUUUGCACCCUCCACCAUACUACAAGAGCAGAUUUGUUAAGCUGUGCAAGACUGUUGGGAUUCAAAACUUAUUUUUGCGAGCGUUGUAUAUUGUCAUUGGCGGUAUCUUGGUCUGGCUGCACCUGUCCCUGAAGAGAGGAAGCUUCUCAAGCACCGCAGAUUGCAAUGUUGGGUAUGAAACGUGUCUGAUGGAGGAAUACUACUUUUUGCUGUUCAGUGGCUUUUGGAGUGGAUUGUAUCUUUCGCUUAAGACCAGUAAUAUCGUCGGGAAAUAUUUCCGAUUUCCCAUUAUAGCACAAUCCAAAUUUCUUCAACUAAGACAAAGAAUUUACGCUGUGUUGCCGACGUUGAUGAUCUCCUCCAUGUGGUCGACUCUGUAUUACAUGGCUGUUUAUUACUUUGUGAGAUCAUACUACCGUGAAACAUUGUUUCCUAUGCAAACGGAGAUGAAACCUCUGGACGCUUUGUCCAGAUUACUAAAUCUGUCGUUGAUAUUGCAAUUAUGGCUGUAUCAAUUUAUAUUUAUAUUGAUUAUCAGCAACACGUACACAUUAUUCGAAAUAUAUCUGACUGAAUGGGCUUCAUUUAAAUUUGGCUCGAGCGGCGCGUACACUUCCGACAGUUUAGAGAUGACUCUCAUCGAUGUACUAUCGAUGGACAAAAUACCAAUAAUGCAGCACUUGGGAUAUUUGGACUUGGUCAUUCUGGCCCAAAAGGAGAAAACGAGAAGGGGGAUGUUGUUUACACUUAGUCAACCAGGCGGUCAUCCGUACAAUUGGAACUGUGUGGUGCAAAAGUGUACGAAUCUUCUCAAGAAGUUCUCGUCUGACCUGAACACGAUAUCUAUAAAAUCUCAGGAACAACCAUUCUGUUAUAGUACAUUAACGGCGAGAGUUCCACCGGUUCAGCAAAGCAAGUACAUUUAUCAUAUGCGGAAAUUGGUACCGGAUGUAGCACCGGUAUUAGUAGCAGAAACAGAUGUGAGAGAGGAAGCUCCUUACAGUGGUCCGUUUAUUCAAAAGUUUAUUAAGCAGAAGAAAGAAGCUUUCGUAGCGUAUUUAUUUUCUAAACCACUUAUCAAUUAUAUCUUUGCCGAGCAAGAUGACAAUAAGAUUCGUCACGCUUUACACAACGGGCAACUGGUGAUCUGGGCGGCCGAAGCUAUUUCGUCUUUGGCUGUCUUUUCGCUGAGUGAAGAUUCUUAUGGUAUUGUGCAAAAAGAUGUGCCAAACAUCAUCAACACUGUGCUGUCGGUGAAGCAGGCGCUGGACAAACUGCCAAAGUCACCUGUAUUAGCGAGGAAAAUGCAAGCAGAUGAGAAAUUAAUUCUCGGGUCUUUGCGUAGCGCGAUUAAGCGUAGUCUAUACAGAAUUGUUACGAACUUUGAACUGUAUAUCAAUGACUUGUCCCUUGAGGCUUCGAUAAUAGAACAAUUGCAAGGCUUUCUUAAUUACAAGGAAUAGGUUGUAAAUAUUAAUACUCUCACAAAGUGUACUUAUGUGAUCUACCAGACUUUGAAUCUGUUUUUAGAUUUACUGGGAAUAAAACUUUUUUAUUAUGUUUAUGCAAUAAAAUAAGCGUUAAUUUGUUAUACUUUAUAUUUACGAGAAAAAAUUAAAAUUUUGUUUAAAAGAAACAGUUAAGAAUAUCUGUAUUAACAUAUAAUAUGAAGAUGUUUAAUUAGUUACGUGUGUGUGCAUGCGUGUGUAUAUAAAAUAUAAAUGCCACAGUAGAAAUAAUUUUUUAGCAUGUUUUUCAUAAUAUUUAUAAAAUAUGUAUAAAUGACAGAUAUUCUUAUCAUAAAAUUGAGGAUUUUUCUAUUAUAUACAUUGAAAAGAAUAAAAUUCGGGAAAAUUAAACCAGAAAGAAGAUAUAUAUCGGAUAAUGUCUUUACGAGCCGACACUGGAUGUCGCACGUGUACAAUAAUUUAUUUUCAAAGUGGAAAUUUUAUAAUCUCCAGUCCAUGCAAAUUAUACGCAUUUUCUAUCGUAACUUUUUAUAUAAAUGGAUGUAAGUUUUGAAAAUAAUUUUGAAAAUAUGUAAAAUAAUUUUUUUGAAAAUAUAUAAAACGCAUAAUACAAAACG